AUGGGAGUUUUUGUCAUCAUUUGGUUACAAGCUAUUUACUUCCCUGUGUGUGCAGCUGUUGGAAUUACUGUUAACCUGGUAGCAAUUGUUAUCCUGAGUCGAGGAAAAUGUGGUCUCUCUAGAUGUAUUACUCACUAUCUGGUGGGAAUGGCAGUGGCCGAUUUCCUGGUUGUUAUCUUUGAUGUCGUAUUGAACUGGAUUGUCCAAAUUUAUUUUGUAGAUUCAUUCCUACAAAUUACUCCAGUGUGUAGCCUCAUCCUCACCCUGAUGGUUACAACCACAAGUGCCUCGGUUUGGCUCACAGUCACUUUUACAUUUGAUCGAUUUGUGGCCAUUUGUUGUCAGAAGCUAAAAACAAAAUAUUGCACCCAGAAAACAUCAGCUGUGGUUGUGGGAACAGUGAGUGUGUUGAGCUGUUUCGAGGCAUUGCCCUGGUAUUUUAUAUAUGAACCUGCAUAUACCAUUCAUAAUAUUCCUUGGUAUUGUGUUUCUAAACCAAGUUUUGACACUUCCCCAUUGUGGACUGGAUUUGAACUGCUUCACCUGAUUUUAACUCCAUGUCUCCCCUUUGUUCUGAUUCUGCUGCUUAACGCUCUCACAGUGAGAUCUAUUUUAGUGACCAGUCGAGUCCGUAUGGCACUGCGGGGUAUCAGCAGUGGAGAAAUUCACAAGGACCCAGAGAUGGUGAACCGGAGAAAAUCCAUCAUUUUACUCUUCAGUUUAUCUGGUAAUUUCAUAUUGUUAUGGAUGAUAUAUGUCGUGUUUAACCUAUAUCGGAGAAUCGCUCCUGAUCAUUAUUAUUCCUCUUAUUCAUAUACAAAAAAUAGCAUUGAAUCCAUGGGAGAAAUGCUACUAAUUCUCAGCCUCUGCAACAACACAUUUAUUUAUGCAAUAACCCAGACUAAAUUCAGGGAGGAACUGAAGAAUGCACUGAACUACCCUUUUAAAUUCAUUCUCAAAUCAGCUAAGUCAUAG